UUGAGUGCUUACGUAUUAUCAAGAAUAGUUUUUUAACAAGAAUAACUAUAACCCGUAGGGAACAGUGUUCGAGUUAACAAAAUAGGCAGUUACAAUACAAGAUGAAAGAAGAUGAGAGCUUUUGCAAAGCCCAGGAGGAGGCAAAUGUGACAGGAAGUCUACAUUUGAAUCUAUUCUGUACUGACCAAUCAGCAGCAUUUUACUGUCUUACCGAAUACAGUGAUUUCACCUCCUUCAUUCUGUGAAAUACCAGCCAAGUCCUCAACAAGGAGCAGUGUCACGAUGGUCAUGUUAUGGAUUAUGUUGCUUUUACUUCAUCAAGGAUAUACUCUAGUUCCAGUGAAAACUGUUCAGCUUGGUGAACCAGCGAACAUAACAUGUGCUUUGCCCAAUGUGGUCAGCAGUAGCGGAGUCCACUGGUACAAGCAGAGUGUCGGAGAUACUCUCAAAUUAAUAGUGUCACUGUAUGAAAGGGCAGCACCCGAGUAUGGUCAAGAAAUAUUUAAAUCAAGAUUUCAAGCACAUUAUGAUAAGAAAUUUAGCAACCUGACCAUUUUGAAAGCAGUCCAAGACGAUGAGGGAAUCUAUCACUGUGGAAUGAUAGAAUGGAUUAAUCCUGAAUGGACUGGAACAUAUUUGUUAGUUAAAGGAAAUAAUCAGACAGCAUCAAAGUAUACUGUUGUUCAAUGGCCAACAGUGUUAAAUCCACUGCGUUCAGGAAAUUCAGUGACUCUCCAGUGUUCAGUCUAUUCGGACUCUGACCAGAUGUGUCCCAGAGAUUGUAAUGUGUUCUGGUUCAGAGCUGGAUCAGAUCAAUUACACCCAAGCAUCAUCUACACUGAUGGAAACAGACACAGUGAAAGUGAGAUAAUAUCAGACUCACAGGAGAGGUGUCUUUAUCGCUUCUCUAAGAAUGUCAGCUCAUCUGAUGCUGGGACUUACUACUGUGCUGUGGCCACAUGUGGGGAGAUAUUAUUUGGAAAUGGAACUAAACUGGACAUUGAAGUGCAGCCAACACAAUCAGGAUUUAUUCAAAUGGCAAUAUUAAUAGUUUGCUUGGCCAUUUCUCUCUUUGGAAAUGUUGUCUUGAUCUGUAACCGAAGAGUAUGUAAACCAUUUCAAGAUACUCCAAACAAGACCUCAAACCAAGCAGUACAUGAUCAUACUAAAGCUGAUGAAGAACUAAACUAUGCUGCACUGCAUUUCUCUGAAAGAAAAACAAGGAGAAAGAGGAAGACUGAGUUUGCUGAGGAUAGUGUUUACUCUCAAGUUAAACGCUGAUGCCAAUGACAGUGUUUAGGAUUUUGUGAAAUUUAAAUUGAACCUGACAUCAGACCCUAUAUUUGUAAUUCCUUCAUGUUGUUAUUUUUUUUGUCUUACUUAAAUAUUACCUGUGAACAGUUAAAUUGUUUCAUCAGUGACAGUAUAUGGCCUCUAAAGACCAGAAAUUUAGAUAUUUUUUUUCAUUUCUGCUUUGCAUAUGUGAUUUCUGACUGUAAUAGCUAGUCAU